UGGGCGCGCGGCGGCGCGAGCGGCCGCCCGGGUCCCGGCUCGGGUGCCAACAGGCUUCGCGCCCUCCGGUCCUGAGGGCGGUGAUUGCGUCACCAGGAGCCACAGCUCCGAGUUUGCAUCCUUCUCCGGCUUCUGACGUGCUGCGCUGACGCCAUAGCCUCGAGGAGGUGGAGGUCAGGGUUCGGAGCUUUCAGGACCUCAUGGAGCCCAGAGGGACCAAGAGAAAAGCGGAGAAGACAGAGGUGGCAAAGCCUUGGAACAAGCUCCCCCGGUCUCUCCCCUCACUGCGCACACAGCCCUCUCUGUACUCGGGACCCUUCCCUUUCUACCGCCGCCCUUCCGAACUGGGCUGCUUCUCCCUGGACGCCCAGCGCCAGUACCAUGGCGAUGCCCGAGCCCUCCGCUACUACAGCCCACCCCCCAUCAACGGCCCGGGCCCGGACUUUGACCUCAGAGAUGGAUACCCUGACCGAUACCAGCCCCGGGACGAGGAAGUCCAGGAGAGGUUGGACCAUUUGCUGCGCUGGGUCCUAGAACACCGAAACCAGCUGGAGGGGGGUCCAGGCUGGCUAGCAGGGGCCACAGUGACAUGGCGAGGGCACCUGACAAAGUUACUGACCACACCAUAUGAGCGGCAGGAGGGCUGGCAGCUGGCUGCCUCCCGGUUCCAGGGCACACUGUACCUAAGUGAGGUGGAGACCCCGGCUGCUCGGGCCCAGAGGCUUGCAAGGCCACCCCUCCUCCGGGAGCUCAUGUACAUGGGCUACAAAUUUGAGCAGUACAUGUGCGCAGACAAACCUGGAGGCUCCCCGGACCCCUCUGGAGAAGUUAACACCAACGUGGCCUUCUGCUCUGUGCUACGCAGCCGCCUAGGGAACUACCCUCUCCUGUUCUCCGGAGAGGUAGACUGCCUAAACCCCCAGGCGUCUUGCACACAGCCUCCCUCCUGCUACGUGGAGCUCAAGACGUCCAAGGAGAUGCACAGCCCUGGCCAGUGGAGGAGCUUCUACAGGUUCCGUCGGAGUCUGGGGGACAGAUGCUGCCUGGAGGGGAGGCGCGGGGGUCCUGCUGACUCUUUUGCCUCUCCUGUCAGACACAAGCUGCUGAAAUGGUGGGCUCAGUCCUUCCUCCCAGGGGUCCCGCAUGUUGUUGCUGGCUUCCGGAACCCAGAAGGUUUCGUCUGUUCCUUAAAGACCUUUCCUACCAUGGAGAUGUUUGAAAACGUCAGGAAUGACCGAGAAGGCUGGAAUCCCUCUGUGUGCAUGAACUUCUGUGCUGCCUUCCUUAGCUUUGCCCAGAACACAGUAGUCCAGGACGAUCCCAGGCUUGUCCACCUCUUCUCCUGGGAACCUGGUGGUCCUGUCACUGUGUCUGUCCAUCGGGACGCACCCUAUGCCUUCCUGCCCUCAUGGUAUGUGGAGGCUAUGACCCAAGACCUCCCAUCACUCUCAAAGACUCCCUCCCCCAAGGACUGAGGAGGACACAGAAGUCUGGGCUCCGUGCAGAUAAUAAAGGCGUGUUUCUAAGUGGG